GGGAAGUGGCCUGCAACCUUCCCCGCCUGGACAAGCACCGACUAUGGCGUCGUCGGCGCCAGCUCCAUCGACGGCACAAUCUGCUGCUUCGAAACCGCCCAUGACGGCGUCCAAGGCGCCCACGACUGCAUUUGCCGUGUGCAAGAUCCCCAAGUACAGCGCCGAGUCGACCCAUGAUGCAGACCCGUCCUCAUUCUUCUGGGUGUUCGAGGCCGAGGCGCCGCACGGCGAAGGGUCGGUCUUCAGACGGCGCCUUGCCAACGACACGCGAGCGCUGCUGGGCGAGGAGGUGCCCAUCGAGUACAUCUCUGAGGAGCAGGCUGAGGGAGCACACCUGCCACGGCUGCCAAACCCGCCGGUCAAGAGACCUCUCGACCAAGCCACACGACUGGCGGCAACGAAGGUCAGAGGACAGCAGCAAAGAAAUGUGUAUACGUGCGGCAUGCAUCCACGCGCUGGUGAGUGUGGCUCUCGCUUUGUUCUGUGCAUCAGGCUCUGCGUUUGUCUGCCAAGUACAUUCUCGAGUGUGUAGUAGAGCACGUCCUGGCGCUAGAAGGCCUCAAGGCGCCCGAGACCCCUCCAAAAGCCCCACCCGUGACCCGCCCAGCGUCCAGUGGCGCCCAGCCGUCCUCCCAGCCGUCCAUCAUGGACGCCUACGAGAUGAUCUUCGCCCGCAAGGCGCCAGAGGAGACGACGGCAGCUGAUACCACGGACGAGAAGGCAACCAAUAGUGACGGGCUGGUGAUCAAGCGGAUCGGGGACAAGGACGAGUCAGGUGGUGCUGUGGAGGGAGGCGGGGGGAGCAACAAGAGGGCACAGCCGCCCUGCUACAUGCUGGAGGGAGAUACAAGCGAUAGGAGAGGUGAGCACAGGGGAAGUGACGGUGGGUCCUCUGAUGCCACAUGCAACGAGAUGUGUGUGUGCGUGUGUGUGUGUGUCAGUUCGUCAGAAGGUCAAGCUGGCUCAAGAUGCGUUCAUCGAGGCCCUCCACUUGCUGCCGCCGCGCACCUUCUUGCCGCCCCCCUCUCUGACGCAGCCCAAUCCCCUCCCCUUCCCCAUCCACCCCCCCAACCCUUCUGCCGUCCCCACCAGCAGCCCAUACGUCUUGCUGGAACCCGUCUCCCUCAUACCUGGCGCAACCUCUCACCAGCCUCUGCCAGUGUCAUCCCCCCCUCGCAGCAGCAUCCUCACCCCCAUGCAGGCGAAUCGCCCCGCGGCACCACCCCCUCCGAGGCCACCGGCAGCACCGCAGCAACAGCAGCCGAGGGCGUCGAUGGCUGCGGGUGUUGCUGGGCCGUACAUGCAGUCGGCGGCCAGCGUGAGUAAGGAGGUGUCGUCGCUUUAUGCGUCGCUGACGGGGCAGAGUUCGAGCUAGGGGGGCGGAGGGAGGGAGAGGUUUGUUAGCCGGAUGGGUGCCGCUUUUGUGAUACGGAAUGCUGAAAUGCGUGCGAGGG